AUGCGCUCGACAUUUACAACAGCGGCUCUGUCCGCUCUCACCUUGAACACUAUCGCAGUCGCCGAAAGUGUGACGAAAUGCUCCGGUGAUAUUUGCUUCUCUGCGGCCGUCCCAACGACCUCCAGCUCAGGAAACGGCAACCUCUACUUUCAGAUCUCAGGUCCCACCUCGUACACGUGGCUGGCACUGGGCAGCGGCGACAGCAUGGCUAGCUCCUACAUGUUCGUCAUGUACACGGACGGCUCCGGGAACGUGACGGUCUCGCCGCGACUGGGAACGAACCACCAGAUGCCUUCGGAGGACACCAGCUCGUCGGCUGCGAAGGUGACACUGCUGGCGGGCUCAGGCGUCAACGGGGACACGAUGGUCGCCAACUUCGUGUGCUCCAACUGCCAGAGCCUGUCCAAGGGCUCGGUGAGCGCCUCGGGCAGCUCCGACUUCAUUGCGGCCUGGAAGAGCGGCCCCGCCCUGGACUCGUCUGACAAGGACGCGGCCAUCGCCGAGCACGACUCCCACACCGCCUGGGCGUUCAACCUCCAGCAGGCCACCAUCUCGUCGGACGCCAACCCUUUCGUCGCAUCCGGCGGCAGCAACGACAACAGCGGCUCCGGCUCCGGCUCCGGCUCCGGCAGCAGCGGCAGCGGCAACAACUCCGGCUCUAGCUCCUCGGGCGUCAUUGAGGACACCAGCAACAUGGACACGCCGAAGUUGAUUGCCGCCCACGGCGUGGUCAUGGCCAUCACGUUUGUGAUCCUGUACCCGAUCGGCUCCAUCCUGAUGCCGAUGCUCAGCAACUGGGUCGUCCACGCCAUGUUCCAGACCGUCGCCUUCCUCCUGAUGUGGGCUGGAUUCGCCCUGGGCGUCAUCUCCGCGCACAGGACCAAAUAUGACUUCACGGUGACGCACACGCUCCUGGGCACCGUGGUCGUGUGCCUGAUGGUGCUGCAGCCGGCGCUCGGCUGGGUGCACCACACGCACUUCGUCAAGCACCAGAAGCGCAGCGUCGUCUCGUAUGCGCACAUCGCCUACGGCCGCUCGCUCAUGCUGCUGGGCGUCAUCAACGGCGGGCUGGGCCUGCAGCUGGCCGGCGCCCCCGGCCGCCUCGUCGUCGCCUAUGCCGUCGUUUCCGCCGUCAUCGGCGUCCUCUACGCCGCCAUCAAACUGACCACCAGCUUCCGCAAGCGCAGGGGAGCCGGCGCCAACGGCGGCAGCAAGAUCCCCGGCCGCCGCGGCGACAAGUACGCCGCCGGCCAGGAGGUCGAGAUGCCCCACCGGCCGUACGGCAACGGCAACGCGGGCCAGAACGGGCACGGCUACUAA